UAUGCAAUGACCAAUGCACAAUUAAUUCAAAUCACAGAACAGUUGCAGAGAAAACUCUGUCAUCUCAUCACGGUUUAAUAAACAAAAACAAACACUUUCUUAGAAUAAAAGCCUCAUCCUCUCUCCGCAACAGCAAGUGAGUUGCUUUGUCUCAUUCACCCAGCUACUCCCAUCACCACCUAAAAAUGUAACCUCUACCCUUUCGUUUUCUCUCUACCGUUUUUCUCUUCAAACCUAAAUAGUCUUAGAUACCAAUGCAAGUUUAGUUUUACCUCUGUGUAGAUCUGACCACGUUGGAGUCUCAAGAAAGAAGGCAUUUUGAGUUCUGGGUUUGUGAAUUGGUGAACUGGGUUACUGAAAAAGGGGACACUUGUUGUUGGGUUCAUGGGUUCCAAUGGAAGCAAAGCCACUUCUUCUUCGCCGUCGGCGAGUUUAAGGAAGGGUCGAUCUAAGGGCCUUAGAGUUUUUCAAUCUUAUUGUCUUGGAACUACUUCUGGUUCUCACGACAGUGAUAAUGCAGACCAGGUUUGUGAUCAGAAUAAAGUAAAUGGCAGUGAUCUUACAUGUACUAAUGGCAAUUUAACAAAUUCGUAUCAGGUGAAAACAGAGUCAUUUACAAAGGUUAAAGCUAGUGAAAUAACUUGUAUGCCUUCUGACAUUGACCUUCAUGAAUGGGGAGAAACAAGCAUCCCAAACACCUCAUCCAGAAGUGUUAGCAGCUCUAGCCAUAAUUAUUCAACCCAUUCCUUGAACCCUACAAGUCAUUUCCUUUCUCAGCUUAGCCUCAUUCCAGGUAGUGUAAGCUUUAGACUUAGCAGAACCACCAGUUUGGGGUCAUCAUGGCCUUGUCCUGUUUCUUCUGCAAGUCUCUCCUUAAUUGACAAGGAAGAUGAGUGUAAUCUCCACCCUAGAUCUCCUGGAAGUUCGAUUAACAGAAGAGAAGCACAAGAAAGCAAUAACAUGCUUCAUGCAUCUUUUUUCAAUCAAAUACAUGCACAAUAUCAUGAAGAUGCUACUAAUAAUUUAAGUGUCCUUACAUCAGAUACACUUGGAAACUUGCAGAGAAAUCCCACAGAUUUAGUUCCCACAAGAGAAGGGCUGGGUGUGAACUUAUUUUCUCCAAGAAUUCAAACAGAGACGGAUAUUAUUGACAUUGGAAAUAUUAAUCGGCAAUCAGUUGAACAGAAUGUUCAUUUUAACCGAACUUUAAGUGUUGGAAGACUUCAUGACAGAGUUCUUGGUAGAACAACAUUUUCAGACCUCACCUUUUUCCCUUUGCAACAGGAAAGAGAACUGAGAGAUGCUAGCCACCAUAGCCAGGAUAUUGACAGGCAAUCAGUGGAGGGAGAUUCAAGAGUGUCAUCAUCUGAUCAUACGACCGUUAAUUCUUCUACAUCUAGCAUGUCUAACUCCAUGUUUGGUAUCCAAGACUAUGAGGUUGAGACUUCACGAUUGAGAGAAGGUAGGUAUCAGGAUCUUCUGGAGCAUAGGUCCAAUUUCCUUGAACGGAGAAGAAGAAUGCGGUCCCAGGUUCGUGCUCUUCAGCGGUUGGGUAGCCGGUUUGAAAAUCUUUCUGGACAUGAUAGAUCAUGUAUCUUGUCUGGCCAACAUAGAAAUGGUCAUUGUACAUGCCGAAUGAAUAAUCGACACACUAAUUCAAAUGAUGAUACCGGUGCCAGAGCUAGCAUAUCAAGAAUUGUUAUGCUUGCUGAAGCCUUAUUUGAGGUUCUGGAUGAAAUUCACCAGCAAUCUGUUGUUUUAUCUUCCCGGUCAUCUGUAUCUUGUAUUGGAUCUGUUCCUGCACCGAAUGAUGUUGUUGAUUCCUUGCCUGUCAAGUUAUAUGAGAAGUUGCACAAGCAUCAAGACGAUGGUGCUCAAUGCUAUAUAUGCCUUGUGGAGUAUGAGGAUGGAGACAACAUGAGAGUACUGCCAUGCCAUCAUGAAUUUCAUAGAACAUGUAUAGACAAGUGGCUGAAGCAGAUUCAAAGGGUAUGUCCACUUUGCAGAGGGGACAUAUGCAUAUCCGAUUCAACGCCAACAGAAAACAACAGUGUGUAGUUGUUGAUGAAUAUUAGUUUUGGAGUAUCCACUGUCACUUGCAUUUUCUGCUGGCUGCCAUUGUCACUGUUCUCGAUCAUCAUUCACUCCUAUAGCUCAAUAGAUAUCAAAUUCAUGGAAGUGAUGAAAUGACAUGACAUGCUUAAGGGUGAGAGGAAAAGUUAAAUUGAAGAGGUGUCAAAAUGUGGACAUAAAGGAAAGGGACGAUCCUCAAAUAUAUAUACUUAUAAGAGAAGGGGAUAAAUUUUUCCCAAACCAUGAUUAUUAAAAGUUCUAUUCACAUACAUUUUAAUAUAACAUUCUUUCUGUAUCUCAUUUACAUAAAUCUAAAUCGAUAUAAUACAUACAGCUUUCAAAGUAUACUACAAUGUAAAUCAUUUGAUAAUAUUUAUUAUUAUUGUUCAAUUUUAUAUAGAUCAGAAUUGAUAUA